AUGAAGACGCUUCAAACAAAAGUGAAUAUACUCACAUUAUUAGGAAGGAUGGCAAAAAUAUUACAGAAGAGAAAGUUUCAAAAAAAUAAAUGUGAAGUAAACAAAUAUUUAUUUAGUUUUCCUAAAAUUGCCUGGCUAAUCAAUGA